GACAGCAAUUUGCCUCACGGCAAAUCCCUGACUUCAGGUAGCAGGUUGCUUGAUUGCAGCUUCGAUCAGCACCAAAGAUCCUAUAGCAAUUGGGGGAGAUGCCACUGUACUGUCUAUGUCCUUUGUAAUUGAAGAUAAUAAUAAUAAUAAUCUGCCUUUAGUUCAAUAUGGCAAGCACAAUGGUAGCAGUUGGCCUGACAGUUGCGGCUGCAGCAUUUGCAGGCCGGUAUGUUGUUCAAGCCAUGAAGCAUAUGGAACCUGCUUUGAAAAAAACCAUUCAGAAUCUGCCAAAAUCGGCUUUCAGUGGAUACUACAGGGGUGGAUUUGAAGCCAAGAUGACAAAAAGAGAGGCCACUCUGAUUCUGGGAGUGAGCCCCACAGCUAACAAAAUUAAGAUCCGGGAGGCACAUAGGAGGAUCAUGGUACUUAACCACCCAGAUAAAGGUGGAUCUCCUUAUCUUGCAUCCAAAAUCAAUGAAGCUAAAGAUUUCUUGGAUACUCAGAACAAAAAGUAAUCUUGUCCAAAUGGCAAACUACGAUCCCUUUACAUAAAUGGAAUAAAUUAGUUUGUUAUUGAAGAAGUUUAUUAAAUAAUUUAUUCAAUAAAUCAUUUAUGAAGUGA